AAUAUAAUUAUUACUUGGCUAACAUGCGCACUUUGAGCUGCAUACAUACAUGAUUAAGCAGACUAAUAUAAUACAUAGGUCAUUUGGAGUUUAAUAAGAAAACUUGUACAAGUUGAGAUGGGAAUCUGUAUAUCCUCUGCAUCUUCAGAGAUACACCAAGCCGAGGAUGAGCAUGAAAAUGGUGUAUACUUAGGAGAAAAUAUUGCUUUUAAUGGAGUUGACGGACUUGGUUCCCUAUAUUCUAAAGAGGGAAGCAAAAAGUUAAACCAAGAUGCUGCCAUUCUUCAUCAGGGCUAUGGAGAGGAAGAUGGAGCUUUCUGCGGAGUUUUUGAUGGGCAUGGAAAGAAUGGCCAUAUAGUAAGCAAGAUUGUAAGGAACAUGUUGCCGUCACUGCUACUAAGCCAAAAGAAUGCCUUGGCUAAGACGAAGAUUAUUGCCGAUGGCAACACUCAGAAAAUUGAAGAUGGUUUAUUUCCAAGCAAGAAUUUUCAUCUAUGGAACGAGGCUUGUAUCAGUGCUUUCAAGGCUAUGGACAAGGAAGUCAAGCUUCAAGAAAGCUUAGAUUUCUCUUGCAGUGGCACCACAGCCGUAGUUGUUGUAAGACAGGGUGAAGAUCUUGUCAUAGCUAAUCUUGGAGACUCAAGGGCAAUAUUAGGUACAAUAAAAGACAAUGGAAUUAUGGCUGUUCAAUUAACCAAUGAUUUGAAGCCUAGUGUACCAAGUGAAGCAGCUAGAAUAAGAAAGUGUAAUGGCAGAGUGCUUGCACUAAAGGAAGAACCACACAUCCAGAGAGUGUGGCUACCUCAUGAAGACUUACCAGGCCUAGCCAUGUCUCGAGCUUUUGGAGACUUCCUACUUAAAACCCAUGGAAUAAUUGCAUUACCUGAGAUCUCUUAUCACCGAUUAACAUCUGAUGAUCAGUUCAUCGUUCUUGCCAGCGAUGGGGUAUGGGAUGUGCUGAGUAACAAUGAAGUUGCAUCCAUAGUGUGGGCAGCAGAUAGUGAAACGGCUGCAGCCAAGGCAGUAGUGGAGGCUGCUACAGCCACAUGGAAGACGAAGUAUCCAUUUUCAAAGGUAGACGAUUGUACUGCAGUUUGCCUUUUCCUACACAAGAAGCAACGGCGACAUGCAGGUAGCGAAGACUUCAUUUAUUAGCUCAUUUUGUCAGCCUUAGCAGCAACAGUUCGGCAUUGCUGCAUAUUAUAUUUGAAAAUUGCCGACUAUUUUCCCAUCACUAUGAUAUGUGGCCACAUACUAUAGAUUCAAAGAAAUACAUACCGACUUUCAGUUAACCAUCAA